AAAACAAAAAGUGCAUUGCCGGAUCGUAAGUUAUUGGCAUAGGAUUGAUUGCACCGGUUCGAUUAAUUUAAAUUUUCUUCGUGACCUAGCUGACUCAUUGUGAAACUUCGCAUGUAAGUUCUCUGACGGAGAAAGACCCCCCAAUCGAUUGAGUUGUACCUACGGGAUAAAUCAUAAACAAAGACUCGCCUAAUUAUACUUUGGUUGACUGCGGCACUAUUUAUGAUCUUGCAAGUUCGAUCCUCGCACUUACAUCGACCAACAACGAGCAAAGCCCCUCUUCUCCUACAUUUCCCUGGUCAAAACAAUGGACCCCCGGCUUCAACAAGCGAUAGAACAUGAUGAUGUUGAUGAGCUCCAUAGCUUUAUUGUGGAGGAGCCAAAACUCUUAGAUCGUGCAUGUAAGGGCCCCUUCCCAAAUACUCCUUUACACGUUGUUGCGGCCGCUGGAAAAACUCAAGUGGCCAUGGAAAUGGCCAUCUUGAAGCGGUCCUUCACUCGGAAGCUGAAUCCAGAAGGUUACAGCCCCAUGCACUUGGCUUUGCAACACGAGCAUUAUUCCACCGUGAGGGCACUGAUGACCCUUGACCCCAAGUUGAUUCGAGUCCGAGGACGAUGUGGGAUCACCCCUUUGCAUUAUGUGGCCGGGAAAGAAGGAGACAUGGAGGUGGAGCUCUUGGCUGAAUUCCUAGCCACUUGCAACUCGUCCAUCAACGACUUGACGAGUCGAUGCGAAACUGCGGUUCACGUUGCUGUCAAGAACCACAACCUUCAAGCAUUCAAGGUUUUGCUUGGAUGGCUUAUGCGAGUCUAUCGGACAAAUAUCUUGGGAUGGAAAGAUCAAGAUGGUAACACCGUCUUACAUAUUGCUGCAUCCGAAGAGCAGCUCGAGAUCUUCAAGCUAUUGAUUGGGUGUGCGAAUGUGAAUGUAAAUGCGAAGAACUUCCAGGAUAAGACGGCUCUGGAAAUCUUCCAAGAUCCUAGUGGCGACCAAGAUCUUGCGAAGAGGUUAUACCGUCGAGAACGUCAAGCAAGAUUUUUUACUCCCACCCUCUCUCUAUCACAGUUUUUUAGCACGAAACCAACUGUCUAUGAGAAGUGCAAAAUGUUUUUGGGCAUCCGAAAUGAAUCCGCUCGCAACAUAAUCCUUAUUAUGUCUACAUUAAUCGCGACUGCCAGUUACCAAGCCGCGCUCACUCCUCCAGGAGGAUACUGGCAAGAUAACUUUACAAAUACCCCGGCCAAUUCCACCGUCGUUAGCGCCAAUACCAGCGGCAUUGCUAUUGGCAAACCGCAUCAUGCCGGUGACAUUAUAAUGCACGGUUCUCAGCUAUCUAUGUUCACGAUCAUCAACAGCAUGGUUUUUUGGGCCUCCAUGUCCACAAUCUGGGCCACCGCUAUUACACUGUUGCCCGACAGUGCCCUGGUUUUAUGGUCUAUAGCCAGUUUCGGCAUUGCCUUCCUUACUACCAUUGAGGCCGAAUUCCCGAAAUCCCAACAGGCUGGGGAAUAUUUGGUAGCGAUAUUUUAUGAUCUCUUGAUGACGACCGCGAUGGGUCUCCCCUUGUACGUGCGGGUAACGUACGUGGGAGUUGUAAAACGAAUCGAUGCCACAGGGAGGCACCCAGGCAACUUCCUAGGAACGAAGGAUUGGAAAUAAUUCGCUAGUAUUAUUUACUUCAACUAUUCUCAUCGCGUACGCAUAUAAUCUAUGUUUCUAGUCUUGAGAUUAGCAAGAAAUGGGCUCUCUUUUUU